AUAACGUCAACAACACCAUACCAAACAUACCCCCCAAAAGUCUCAAAGACAUAACAAAAAGAAAAACAAGAUAACAAAAAGACGUUACUUUUUCAUUGAUCUCAGUUAGUUCUCUUGCAAAUGAGUUAAUCCUCCAUGGCUGCCAUGUUGAAGCAGCCAUGGCCACCGCUUCAUCUCUUCCUCUCCUCCAUUCUUCUCCUUCUUCCUCUCCUCCCUCAUCAUUCCUUAUCUCAAUCAGAUUCACCCCGAAACAUCGAAACCUUCUUCCCAAACGAAACCGCCGCCGCUCCGCCUCCCUCUCCGGUUCCUCUCCCUCAGCAAAACCCACAAUCACCACCACCAUCAUCGUCAUCUGACCGAGAAAAGAUCACGAGGGCUAUACUCAUAACGGCUGCAAGCACCUUACUCGUAGCAGCCGUGUUCUUCCUCCUCGUCCAUCUGUACACCGUGCGGCGGCGCCGACGACGGGGAGACAGAGUCAACGUCGCCAACACCCUCCCGCCGGCUCCUCCGCUCGCGGAGGCGGCGUUAGCCCGCGAGGGGUUUACGAGGUUCGGAGGAAACGUGAAAGGUUUGAUCUUGGACGAGAACGGUCUCGAUGUCUUGUAUUGGAGAAAGUCGCAGCAGAGUCAGAGAAGCAACAACAAAAGCGGAAGCUUCCGCAAAGAGAUCGUCCCCGUCGGCGACGGAGACGACGAUGAGGAGAAGAAUGUGAUUUUUUCAAAGAACAAGAAGAAGUCGGAGACGCCUCUUCUCAGAGGAAGAUCCUCCACUUCUCACAGUGUAGUCCACAACGACACUCCUCCUCCUCCUCCUCCGGUUAAGACAGACUCUUUCGAGUUUGCUAAACCGGAUCCACCUCCGGUUAAACAAACCGCACCUCCUCCUCCUCCUCCCUCUAGGACUAACGGUCCUUCUCCGCCGCCACCACCGCCGUUGAAGAAGUCGGCAGCUCAGUCAAAACCACCGCCGGCUCCGAGAGGAUCAUCAUCAUCAUCAUCAGGGGAAGGCUCAAGCUCCGAGAAUGGUCAGGUCAAGCUGAAGCCUCUUCAUUGGGAUAAAGUCAACCCUGACUCUGACCACUCCAUGGUUUGGGACAAAAUCGACCGUGGCUCUUUCAGCUUCGAUGCUGAUCUAAUGGAGGCUCUCUUCGGCUACGUUGCCGUGGGAAAGAAGUCUCCGGAUCAAGAAAAACCAACCUCAACAACCACAACUCCUACACAGAUCUUCAUCCUCGACCCUAGAAAGUCACAGAACACAGCCAUCGUCCUCAAGUCUUUAGGUAUGACACGUCACGAGCUAGUCGAUUCUUUAAUGGAAGGAAACGAUUUCCAUCCCGACACGCUCGAGAGGCUCUCGAGGAUAGCUCCAAGCCAAGAAGAACAAUCAGCGAUCCUCCAGUUCGACGGGGACACGACAAAGCUCGCCGACGCUGAGUCCUUCCUGUUCCAUCUCCUCAAAGCCGUCCCCAGCGCGUUCACUAGACUCAACGCGUUGCUCUUCAGAGCUAACUACUAUCCAGAGAUCGCCAACCAUAAAAGCUCUCUCGAGACGCUAGACUCUGCUUGUAAGGAGCUUAGGUCGCGUGGCUUGUUCGUCAAGCUACUCGAAGCGAUUUUGAAAUCCGGGAACAGGAUGAACGCGGGAACAGCUAGAGGAGACGCGCAAGCUUUCAACUUGACAGCGCUGUUGAAGCUCUCCGACGUGAAGAGCGUGGACGGGAGAACGACGCUGCUUAACUUCGUGGUGGAGGAAGUUGUUAGGUCAGAAGGGAAGAGGUGUUUGAUCAACAGGAGGAGCUUAAGCCGAACCGGUAGCAGUUCUAUCUCGGAGGUUAUAUCGAAGGAGGAGCAAGAGAAGGAGUAUCUUCGACUCGGUUUACCUGUGGUUGGAGGGUUAAGCUCCGAGUUCUCGAGCGUAAAGAAAGCUGCGGGUGUGGAUUACGACACCGUUUCCGCGACUUGCUUGGCUCUCACGUUGAGAGCGAAAGAAGCUAGGCGAGUGUUGUCGCAAUGCGGAGGGGAUAACAUGUUUGUGGAGAAGAUGGUUGGGUUUCUUCAUGAUGCCGAGGAAGAGGUAAAGGUGGCUAGAGAGGAAGAGAAGAAAGUGAUGGAGCUUGUGAAGAGGACAACGGAGUAUUACCAAGCGGGUGGGCCUGGGAAGGGGAAGAACCCACUUCAUUUGUUUGUUAUCGUUAGAGAUUUUCUUGCGAUGGUUGAUAAAGUAUGCGUGGAGAUCGCGAGGAACUUGCAGAGGAGAGCAACGGGUGGUCCUCAGCAGGCAAGGAAUGCUGUCAAGUUUCCUGUUUUGCCUCCGAACUUCAUGUCGGAUAGGUCGAGAAGUGAUUCUGGUGGAUCAGAUUCUGAUAUGUGAAUGCCUGAGAUUUGUUUGGUUUUUGUAUAUAAUAGAAUCAUUUUGGGUGUU